CUGAGCUGGAAGCGAAUCAACGUCUAUUUGACAGCGGUGAAAUAAAUGAAAGUGAAUAUAACAAACGCAGGAAGUCAAUACUUGAUGGAUCUGUUGGACUAGUUGAUUCAAAGAAAUCUGACUCUGACGAAGCAGAAAUUAGAUCAAGUUAUAGAAAACUUGCUUCUAAAUAUCAUCCAGAUAAAAAUGACGGAAUUGAAUUAGAAGAGUGGAACAAGCUUUCAAAUGCAUACCAAAUCCUCUCGGAUACAAACAGUCGUUAUCUUUACGAUAAUUUUGGAACAGUAAAUAAUUCUUUGGAAAAUAAAACGUCACUCAAUCACUAUGUUGGAGAAAUGGAACAUAUGACUACACCUGAGCAAAAAAAUCACCGUCACAACGUUCGUGUAUCCACCAUCACUCACUACCUAAGAGACAAGCUUACUCAAUUUCCAAAGCAAGGAGAUUCUUCAGAGUUUGAAUCAUUUAUGGAAAGUCUUCGUCAAGAUGCGCUGAGACUUUCUGUAGAACCUAAUGGAAAAAAUGUUACUAUCCUUUUUAG